AGCCUGACUGCAAGAGAGGGAUGUUCCACCACCGCCCUGGCUGGCGUGGCUUUGCUAUCUUGGUGUUUCUGAUUAGGCUGAUUCCACUGUACUUCUUGUCCUGUACAGAGAUAAGAGGGAGGAUGCUUCAUGCCUUCCAGAUACUGGUGGCAUUUCUCUGGCAUCGUUCCCGUGGCCAUGCAAGAUAUUCCUUUCCCUCCAGUCCUGCUAGUGCUCCUGUUUCUGUCCCAGCAGACCGUGUACUGCAGUCCCAUGUCAUUCUUCUUUCCUUUUACGAGGUAGUUGUGUCAAACCACACCAGGGUUUUUUCAGAGGAAAGGUGCAAAACCCUCUGCAAUGCUGGUUUACAUCAGAGGGAGCAGCAGACAACCAGUGCUGCUGGAAGAAAAUGCUCCUAUAAAUGUUUUAGGGAAUAAUCCAUCAGAAAACCAUUUUGGGAUAUGAUGGAUCUCUAGGCUGCGUUUUGUUUUCCUUCUGUCUUGGCAGAUGCUACUCAGGCAAUGGUGGAGAACAGAAAGCGUAUGCUGAGUAACAAGAGGCAAAAGAGCAUGACACUGCUUGUUUUUGUUCAGUCACGCUGAGAAAAGCGCAGUGUGGUAGGAGGCUGGAGAAUGUGUUCAGGUCUCUCCUGAGAAAAACGCUCAACUGAUGUGCUCUAUUCUGACUUGCCUUCAGCUCUGUUAGAGCAGAUAAAGCUCUGCAGAGGGGGGGCAGAUGUAUUCAGUGCUUCCUUCCACGCUGAAAGCACAGCUGCUGGCAGAGCAAACUCCUCUGCCCUGACCGUGGUAUGGGGCUCAUCUCCAGUUCUGGCUUUUAUGCUAAACAUGGCACAGCUGCCAAGCGCCCGUCGUGUCGGUGCGGCUGUGUGCGUUCAGCCGCGCCAGUGGACGCGGAGUGUGUGGGCUGUGCUGCUCUUCAGGUGUGCGUGAGUGGGAGGGAAGAGUACGUGGUAUAUCUCCAGAGUAAUUUAAUAUAUGCAUUUGUGUGGGGAGGUACAUGUGCGUAUAAUUCUGUUAACAACACAUCACAGGCUUGGAAAAUCUCUGGAAAAUCCAAGGUUAGCAAUUCUGCGUGAAACUGUAGCUUCUUCUCUGUUUCUAACGCUGGCCUGGGGGCGGGAGCCUCCGUAUUCUUUUGCUGUUAAUUCUUGAUUGGUCCCCUGUGAGUGAGCUGCUGUGGGAUGUGUGUGGGGACUGCGUUAUCUCUUUGCUUGAGAUCGUGAAGAAGACGAAAAGUGCAGGUAUUCUGGGACAGAAUGGAAAUGCAAACCCACAGCUUGUGUGGUACUGAGCAGAGCAGGGAAAGUAGUUGGUAAACUGAAGAUGCUAGGGUACAUGCGUUUCUUCCAAGCAUGAUCCCUUUCAAAAAUUAUCACCUUAACUAAUGUAGUAAAAGUUUAAAAAAUGGUGUGUGACACUUCUGUCUGUCCUGCCUGUCUCAACUCUGUGCUGAACCUUCCUUGCAGCCUCCCAUCUCCGUGCCUCCCUUUGCUGUAUGCUCAGACUGUGCUGCUGAGCGUUGUGGUGAAUUGUUAGAGCCUUCACCCUUUCUAUACAUCUGUCCUUCUGCACUGAAAGAAAUCUGUGCUUUGUGUGGAAUUCCUCCUCUUCUCUCCUACCUGUUGUGUAAGUGCUGAGUUUUCAGACUCUCCAGAAACUGGAUGGUCAGAGAGGAGGGAACUGAUUCAUUGCUUGUCACCGUUGUGGCUCUCAAGGCUGGCGUGGGGUUUGGCAGGAGACAGCUGCCAGUUCUCCGACACAGGUUAGUGUUUUCCUAUGGGAGGGUGUCUGUGACACGUGAGCUCAGCCUAGGGAGAGAGGGUGGAUUUGCGCAAGCUGAACGCCUGCCUAAGAGGCCAAGGCCGCGCAGCCCGCGAUGCCGCUGUGCCUGGCACAGCAGCAGCAAGCUCGGUGUGGCAGCCACAGAUAGCGAGCUCGGUGCGGCACGCUGGACCGCGGCACUGCUGGGGUGAGCGUGCUGCGGGCUGAGACUGGAACGCAUGUUUUCUUGGGAACUGCUGCACGGUUUGCAGGUGAUAUACCCUGCAUGCUGUUGUACCUGAUUGGUGUUUGCCAAACAGCAUUAAACACCUUAUCUCUGCCCAGCAGGUGUGGUUUCAAAGCCGGCAAGUGUCUCUUCUGGGGAAGGUGUGAUCCUGCAGCUCGUCCCCAGCCUGGUGCCAUGGCCGACACGAUUUUCAGCAGCGGGACGGGACAGUGGGUAUGUCCCAACGACCGGCAGCUCGCGCUUCGUGCCAAGCUCCAGACGGGUUGGUCAGUGCACACAUUCCAGACUGAGAAGCAGAGGAAGAUGCAGGCUCUGAGCCCACAGGAACUUGAGGUCAUUCUGGAAGUCAUCCGCAAGGCAGAGAGGUUGGACAUCAUUGAGCAGCAGCGCAUCGGGCGCCUGGUGGAGCGGCUGGAGAACAUGAGGAAGAACACGAUGGGGAACGGCCUCUCCCAGUGUCUGCUCUGCGGCGAACUGCUUGGGCUGCUGGGCAGCACCUCGGUCUUUUGUCAGGAUUGCAAAAAGGUUUGGAAGAGAUCUGGUGCAUGGUUCUACAAAGGGCUGCCCAAGUAUAUCAAGCCUUUGAAGAGCAGUGGCAAAUCCAGUGAGCCGCCUUCACAGCCGUGGCAAAGCGAGCCAGCCGUGCCGGAGGCAGAGAGCGUGGGGACCAGCCGAUCCUUCACCUGGGCCAGGGGAAAAGUGGUUUCUAGCGACAGCGAGAGUGACUCGGAGUUCAGUUCCUCCAGCCUGGACGACAAGUCGUUACCUGCCGGGUCAAGAGGCUCACAAGGCAGAAAGCACCGACCAGGACUGGCACCCAUCAGGGAGCCCAGCCCAGCCGUGGGCAGCAUGCUGGGGAGCACCCACUCCCCAACACUCUCGGGGAGCCGCAGCAGCCUGGGCAGCGAGCAGGGGGCUGCCCCCAGUGCCAUGGAGAGCUGCCAGAGCAACCAGCCAGCAGAUGGGCGCAACAGCGAUGCUGUCAGCAGGGCCCCUGGCAAACGGUCCGUCCACACCAGAACACGAUGCUGAUGAAGGUGAAGAUGGAGCUGCUUUGCGUGGAUCCACCAUUCGCCCCUUGCCCACUCCUCCAGACCUCACUCCGGAUGGCAGUUGCUGCUGGUGGUGACUUUAUGGUGCCGGCUCUUGCACAGGCGUCAGCAAUACGAUGGCACCUGGGAAAGCACCUGCCAGUCCUCCUUGCCUCGCUGACCUGCUCUAUGGUUUGGUCUGGUCUCCCCUUCUGACUGACACACACUUUGGGGUGCUGCUCGGAGAGGGGUGCCGUGCUGUGCGGUGCUGCCGUGUGGUCCAGAGCCGUGUUUGGGAAAAGGGGCACACAAAGUGCUCACGGGAGCUGCAGAAAGGUGCAUCACCUCUGCUCUUUCUGGCUUGCCCAGCCCAGCGCUGCAUUCAGCUCCUGGCUUUGCUGUCCUCAGGAGAAAGGGAAAUUCACCCCAAUGCCCCUGAAGUGGGGUGUGAGGAGACCACAGCCCUUCUGCUCCUUCUCAGUCCAGGGAUGUCUUUCCCUCUGGGAAUCCCAAGGGUGACACCAGGGCUUCGAUUUGCACUUGAUGCCCAGGGUGCCACCUCUUGUGUUUCUUGUCAUCGUCGUUCUGGUUUGAGUUGGUGUGUGUUUGCUGGUGACAUCCCAAACAAGCUGGUGAAGUUGUCUUCACAUUCACUUCCCUGUCUGCUCAGGGAGACACUUGAGUUCAUGAAGAAACUCUCAAAGAAGUUUGCUAUGCAUUUUUCAGUGUCCUGGCUCUGUGUGUGUCCUGUGGUGAGUGUGAUGCUUUGGCAGGGGGGUCAUGGGGACUGUGUGUGCUGCAGCUCCUGAGAACACCCACCACCCCACAGCCCGGCCACCUGCCUUUGCGUACCCAAAUUCGAUAACAGCUUUCAAAUUCCUUUACCUUGUUAAGCUGUGCAGAUUUCUUCUCCCACAUACACACCUUGGCAGCUCUUGCAUGAGCAGGGGCCUUUGGUGUCAUCGUGAGUCAGGCCAUAGAAAGCCGUGUGCCCCGGUCCUGCUUAUUCUCUGGGAUGGUCAGUUUUCUCAUCUGUCAGGCCUUGGAGGGAAAAUGGAAUUACUUGACAUAUCUAGAGCCAUUAAAUCUUUGAAGGCCUGAACAAAACCCACACUAGGCAAGUAGGAGUCUCUGGAUUUUUAUUAAAUGCUUUGGAUUUGACCCGUCUUUUACUGAAAAAAACAAAGGAUUUCAAAAAGUUCCCCCUGAAAUCAUAGCUUUAAAGGCAAUUUGUGUCUGUUAAUGUCAGCCUUUUCCCUUGGUUAUUACUCUUUUGUUCUGUUCUUUGCUGCUGGGCGCUUUGUGUGCAUGUAGUAUAUACUCUUACAAAUGGCUGCAGUAUGAAGAUAAAUGAGAUUGGGUGCUGGAACGCCCUAACAGGAGAUCGGAAAUCAAUCUUUGGCUUUUUUUCUAAAUGAACAUGGUCCAACAGAGGACCGUUCCCUUACUGCUGUUCCAUCUAACAUGCUGUGGCCGGUUGCUGGGAAAAUCCUUCUAGCUCUUCCUCCGUGAUCUGUUUCUGCCCUUUUAAAAAGGAAAAUGAAACCUGUGGAUGACGUGGACUCUUUGAGAUGGCAUGAAGAGGAACCGCUCAACGUGAGCUUCACAACAUCAAUGGUGGAGAGAGCAAGGGAUGAAGGUGUUCUCCACUGCGGGAUACUUUAUGUCAUGGUCUGUGCCUGGCCAUUGAUACUCCACCAGCUGCAUUUCUGAAAGGGGAGAUGCCAAAAUUAUUAGCUGCUUCUGGACAAGUAAAUCCAGAAGUCGGCUUUUGCUGAAAUACCGGUAUGAUUUCAGAGCUGAAGUCAUGCUGUUUCUUCUGAGAGCUGUAGGGUCUUCAAUUUCAGAAGUGUUUUUCCACCAAAAGAAGUCCUGUCUUGCCUUGGAGCUCUUGACAGCCCUACUGAGGCUGCCUUGCUCACACUGUCAUUACCGCAGUGCCUCAGACAGCCUGGCCUGCCAGCCUGAGUUAAUGCCUUAGAAGAAGGAAAAGGAAAAAAGACGCUUAAGAAAUGACUCAAUUUCCUUUAAACCUGUUACUUUCCCAUCAAAAACUCUAUGCCGAGUUGGAAAGAGUUUUUAAAAUUGAGCAUGGCAUUUCUAACUCUUCUUGAUUUUCUUGUGCUUCAUUCCAGGGCAGGUCAGGCGUGUUUUCCCCCCACCUCGUGUCCCAGGGCUGUGGAUUGUCAGCUCUGCGCAGGGACCUGGUCAUGCCUGCUGGCUUACUGUGCCCCUUUGAGGCAUGAAUUUGGUUUUUAACUGAGACUAGGUUUUGUAACACACUCUCAGAGAUAAAUGUGGGACUGCCUUUGUACCAGUGAGACUGGAAACUUUUCUUUUUUACCUCUGUAUUUCACCUCCAUGGAGUAAUUCCACCUGGGUUCGAACCAGAACUGUUCAGUCAUCUGUGGAAAGAGUCCUCUUGGAUCUAGCCCAGGAGAAUGUGAUGUAGUCAUGUUUGAAUGGGAUAGAGGAACAUCCUCAGCUCUGUGCACAUUUUUUCUGUUAAAGAUCGCUUUCCCCUUUGUUGCAUCUCUCUUGGUUGUGUUUUGUAGCUUUGGGUGGAAUAUUAUCCAAAACUUGUACCCCUUGACUGCCUUUUGAGGUGGCUCAAGGUGCACAAGAAGGUCUCAGUGUAUGGUGUUCAGUCUGCUCUGGUCGUUUGUGUUUCUUUUAUUAUUUUGUUGUUCUUGUCUCCAUCCCUUAUAACUUUUAUGUAGUGUUUUACUACUGGAAACAAUAAAGCUUUGGCUCAGAAACAA